UGAAAAUCAGUUCAGUAUUCAGUGAGAUAUGAUUAAUUUAAUGCGCUGACAGCUCAUUUCACCUGCUAUUCAGAUUACACUGAGCGGAGCGGAUGACCGGUUUAAGAUGGCGGCUCCAAUUCUCGUCCGUGCUAAUAGGCAGUAGCGGUCGAUAGGGCGUCUACCUAUAUGAUGUCUAUGUUGUACACACCCCAACCUCUUGACCCCGCCCCCACGUCAAACCAGGGACACAAAGCGAGGUGCAAAGAAAAAGGAAGCGUAAAGCAAAGCGUGCGCCGCAGAGGCACGGAUGACUGAAACGCGGAUUUAAAGGAGCGGCGCAAAGGGAAAUAUAUAUGGCCCUACUUUGACUCCAUAGCGGUACCGAUGUGCUGCAAACAAGAGCGAGUGGAGAACCGGAGGAUGUAGAUGCAGACGAACCCAACGCAUCUGCACAAGGAGGAAGACACGAUGCUGUUUUAACAGCAGUGCGGGAUCGCUGAGGCUGAACUUGUCGUUUUGACCACUUUUGGUCUUCUAAUAGAAAGAUGGCGCCGUCGGGCUCGCGCAGCGAUGACUGCUGGAGAGUUUUAUACUGGAUCCCUGUGCUGUUCAUCAGUCUGAUCGUGGCAUGGUCCUACUACGCGUAUGUAGUGCAGCUCUGCAUAGAAUCUAUUGAAAACAUGGGAGAGAAAAUAGUUUAUCUCCUGGUUUAUCAUGUGCUUUUCAUAAUGUUCGUGUGGUCAUACUGGCAAACCAUCUUCACAAAACCCAUGAACCCCCUCAAAGAGUUCCACCUGUCACAUCCCGACAAGGAACUAUUAGAGCGUGAAGAUCGGAGAGAAUCUCAACAGGAAAUCUUGAGGAGAAUUGCUAAGGAUUUGCCCAUUUACACACGCACAAUGUCAGGAGCUGUCCGCUACUGUGAUCGCUGUCUGCUGCUGAAGCCUGAUCGAUGUCAUCAUUGCUCUGCCUGUGAUAUGUGCAUUUUAAAGAUGGAUCACCAUUGUCCAUGGGUGAACAAUUGUGUGGGCUUCGCCAACUACAAGUUUUUCAUGCUCUUCCUAGCAUAUUCAUUGUUGUAUUGCCUCUAUGUCACUGCCACAGACUUGCAGUAUUUCAUCAAGUUCUGGACUGUUGACGGUAAAGCACAUCAGCGUCUAAUCCAGUAUUUGAAUGGCCUGCCUGAUACCCAAGCCAAAUUUCACAUCAUGUUCCUGUUUUUCGCUGCCUCCACGUUCUCAGUGAGCCUAGCGUUUUUGUUUGCUUAUCAUUGCUGGCUUGUCUGCAAGAACAGAUCUACAUUGGAGGCUUUUAGAGCUCCCGCGUUCCAGCAUGGCCCAGACAAGAACGGCUUCAGUUUAGGAACAAACAAUAACUUUCGCCAAGUGUUUGGAGAAGAAAAGAAAUACUGGCUGCUUCCUGUUUUUUCAAGUCUGGGUGACGGCUGUUCAUUCCCCACAUGUCUAGUGAACCGAGACCCCGAACAACCCUCGUUGCCCCCUGGACACAACCCUUCUAUCAAAAGUGCUGGAGAGUCUCAUCAGUUUCCACCUAAACCUCUGAGAGAGUCUCAGAGCCGGCUGCUGAAUAACGGACAGUCAGAGGGAAAUGAAGACCGAGACAAGCGAGGUACAAGCAACCCAGCCUUGACUAUUGAGAAGGAAACUUAGGAACAUUUUUAUGAAACAGGAGUGUUGUCCUAAUGAUGUCUGUUGUCAGUGGAACAGUGAAGACGUCUCUGCUGCUCUUGCACAGACUUGCACUGCCUUUCCACUCUCUACCUACUCAAUUGUGACCCAUCACAAGCGCUAACAGAAGCGGGAUAAUGGAGUGCACAUUCAUAAAGGGCCACAGUCUCUUCUCUUCCUUGGAAACUGUAUGGCUGAGAUAUCUUAAUGUGCCUAAAGAAACCCACUGAUGUGGCUGAACAAGGUAACAUCAAAGUGGUUCCUGGACCUACGUUUAAAAAAAUAGAAGUUUGUAUGGAAAAUGCCUUGAAUAUAUAUAGCUUGUGUGGUGUAGACAUUUCUAAAGAAAGUACGAUUUUUUGUUAGUCUGGGAUACGUGAAGUAUUUAUGCAUGCUGUGUGAUGGUGGUACAUAGUCGUUUGUCAUGUUUGAAAUGUGAAAAGCCCACUACACUACAACAGAUUUUUUUAAAACCGUUAAAAUGUUGUUCAUUAUUAUACAGAUGCAUUUUCACAUCUGGUCUAUGAUCUCUUUUCUUUGACAAAGUGUCAGUGAGUAUCUUGUCCAUCACCCUUAAGUCUGGAUCCCAGCUGUCCCGAGUUUUGCAAAGGUUGUACACAAGCAAAAAGACUGAUGUAGCAAAACAUUUUUGGCCAUUUAUAGCACUGCAUAUCCAGACAAAAACACUGUUUAUUCAAGCAGAGGGAGGACAAAAAUACUCUGUAUGCACUUUGAACAGCGCUUGAAGCUGCACAUUAUUUCAGUUUUUGAAUGUUGUUUUCUCGAUGGUUCUGUUGAAUCAAGUAUGCAAGGAAAAUGUAUUGUGAUUACUCUUGUCCAUAUGCAUUGUGAUUCUGCAGCUGCAGUGAACAUUUCACUGUAAGUCAGUAUAUUGAUUAUUUUUAGAAUACUUUGCAUAACUCUGUUGCACACUCAGAUGUGGUUUUGUAUCUCAUCUGAUUUAUCCAAGGGCUCUUCUAAAGUACUUACCAUAUUUCUAUCUGAAUUUGAUUCCAUAUACUGUAUUGCAUGCAAAUGUACUUGUACUUGAUUUUGACUUGAGGUGUGAACGAAACCUCAGAAAUGCCAAGAGCUGUGGUGUGUUGUCCGUUUUGUAGUUUUUAUGGAAAUGUCGUAUAGGAUUUCUGUUACUUUGAUUACUAGGUUCACACACCACAUUAAAAAUAAACUGUGAUACAAGAUUUCUACUGGUUCUUGCUUUGUGUAUGUAGACAAGCUGAUUGCCAUUGCUGCUUUUGUUCUUUGAGAGCCUGAAAUUGUGCUGGCUCUAGCUUAAUGUUUUCAUAUUCAGACUCCACUUCGUAGGACAACGCCAUUGAACGAUAUGCCUUUAUGAAUGUUACUGUAAGAGAAAUAAAGUGAUAUUUUAUUAAGUGCUACA